CGCCCAGAGCUGCGCCGUCAGCUCUGCAGCCCGCGCCCUGCGCACACGCGUCGCCGCCCCGCGGGCCCCCCGCAGCAAAGUUCGGCUCAACUUUGAGGCGGGCCUUGACGCCCUGUCCCUUCCACCUCCCACCAGGUCCUCGGCGGCCGCGGCGAACCAGGCAGCGGCCCGAUCGCAGCCCCGGGUCCCCGCACGGCGGCGGGCAGCGCCAGCGCCAGCGGCGAAGGGGACGCGGUGCGUUCGCGUGGGGGGCUUCGGCCCGCGCCCGCGAGUGGGCGCCGACGGGGACCCGCGCAGCGCCGCGCUCUCCUCGGGGACGCUGCGGGCGACCGGAGCCGGGAGCUCGCCUCCUGGAAGCCCCCGAAGGCGCCCGGACCUCGGCGGAUUGAACAGUAUCUACCGCUCUUCCAUUGAUUCGGCCGGGCUGGGCGAGCGGCCGGCUGCCUGUGCCCCGAGCGCGCGUGCGGAAGGCAGAAGGGCAGGAAGUCGAUCUUGUGCAGCGAGGGUGGCGGCACCGCGCAGGGGACCGCCGGAGCCUUCCUUAUUUAUGUGUCUGCCGGCAUUUGCCUUCUUCUCCCAAGACUUCAGGGAGCGUCUCUGAGCUGCGUUCCCCACGCGUGAGGCACGGAAGGGCUGGAUGUCUGAACAAUAUGAUUAUCCACUAACCUCCAAACUCUCCUUUUUUUAACCCAAAGAAUAUCGGUGAUUUUUGUCCACUGCUAGCAGAAGAAGAGAGAACCCAAGGCCCUUGAAAUGCAGCAAAAUCCUUAUUUAUAAAAACAGGCCCUAGGUAGUGAUAUGCAAAGCCCCUCUGCUCAGUGAGUUUUCUAUCCUAUGGAUAUCGGCCUUGAGAUUUGAGACUGGAGAGCAGUACCGUCUGCACUGGGUCCCGCAGCCUCCGUCCUUUCAAUGCCCAGUUUCCUCUGGGACUGCUGGCCUUCCCUGGAGAUCAGAGCGGUACUGUGUGCCAUGGGCUGUAUUCAGAGCAUCGGGGGCAAAGCCAGAGUCUUCCGGGAAGGCAUCACGGUGAUUGACGUGAAGGCCUCUAUCGACCCCAUCCCCACCAGCAUCGAUGAGUCCUCCAGCGUGGUGCUCCGCUACCGGACACCCCACUUCCGUGCCUCUGCCCAGGUGGUCAUGCCACCCAUCCCCAAGAAGGAGACCUGGAUAGUUGGCUGGAUUCAGGCGUGCAGCCACAUGGAGUUCUACAACCAGUAUGGGGAGCAGGGCAUGUCCAGCUGGGAGCUCCCGGACCUCCAGGAAGGCAAGAUCGAGGCCAUCAGCGACUCGGACGGGGUGAACUACCCCUGGUACGGCAACACCACGGAGACCUGCACCAUUGUGGGCCCCACCAAGAGAGACUCCAAGUUCAUCAUCAGCAUGAACGACAACUUCUACCCCAGCGUCACGUGGGCCGUGCCCGUCAGCGAGAGCAACGUGGCCAAACUGACCAACAUCUACCGGGACCAGAGCUUCACCACGUGGCUGGUGGCCACCAACACCUCCACCAAUGACAUGAUUGUCCUGCAGACGCUGCACUGGCGCAUGCAGCUCAGCAUCGAGGUGAACCCCACCCGGCCCCUGGGCCAGCGCGCCCGGCUGCGGGAGCCCAUCGCCCAGGACCAGCCCAAAAUCCUGAGCAAGAACGAGCCCAUCCCGCCCAGCGCCCUGGUCAAGCCCAACGCCAACGACGCUCAGGUCCUCAUGUGGCGGCCCAAGUAUGGGCAGCCGCUGGUGGUGAUCCCGCCCAAGCACCGGUAACAGCCGGGGCGCCCUCGAGGUUCCGUCCAAGCCAGAGCACUGCUCAGACCACCCACACGGACUCUGCGGUCAUCCAGCAAAAUACAACCUUUCUACCUUCUCCAGCGGGCGGAUCUCACUGUGCGAACGCCCCGCCCCCCCAGGACCUGCUUCCCGGGGGAGGGGGAGACCCAGGCGGACCCACCACCCCGCGUGCGCCCUCGGUGUCACCCUGGGUCGCCUUCCCUCUCCUUUUCUCAUCAUUUCAGUCAUUCACGUGCAACAGACUCCCUGAAACAACUGCUUUUUCUCUUCUUUUUUCUUUUUCUUUUUUUUUUUUAAACCGCCUUUUUAUGAGGUUCAGGGGUGGGACGAGCAGGAGCUGGUGAUGAGCCUGGUUGGCACGGGGGCUGAUCCGCAGGCGCGGCAGCCCCUGCCGUGGCAGCUCCCCUCGUCCUCCGUCACGCGGCCUUACGUAGACUUGCUUUGCCAAACUUUUGCCUUAAGCUGAAUUUAAAGGAAAAACAAAAACAAAAAACCCGAAACAAAGAAAGCAGGAUCUCUUUUCUACUGGACUUUUCAUCUUCUGCCAGAGGUGCGGGGGGAGGGGGCCGGGUCAGGGACGAGAGGAAGAUGCUUCUGCCCCUGCCCCCCACCUGCAUGUUGCCGAGGGGGCCCGGGUACCAAUUGCGAUCGAAAACCAGCUGCUCCUUCUUUCCUUAGCAGAGAGCUGGCACCACAGACAGACGGCGCGUAAAAGGCCCCUUCUCUCCACCCCGGGUGGAAGCCCUGCCCUACCCUUGCCUGUGUGAGCGCGGGUCCGGGCAGGUCUGCCAGGGGCUUCUGUUGUCUCUUCUCUGCAGCUGGAACUAGCCUCGGGUGGGUCUAGGAGGAGAGAGGGAAGGUCCUGAGUUCGAGCUCGAGCCCUGGGAGUAUCCACCGCCUCCGUCCUCGGGGGGUCUACUGGCACGUCGAAGUGUGCAGCUUCUCUGUCUCCCCCGCACCGGUCCCAGACACCCCGAGGGCCAGCUGCUUUACCAGCCAUAGUUCCCUCCCUCCAUGCACCUUCUCAGGGGACACAGACAGGCUUUGAGUGCCAGGCACCGGAGGCGAGGACACCCAGAGCAGGCACUUCUGGGUCUGGGAAGGCAGGGGAGGUGGGAGGCAGACCCCCACCCACCCCACCCGGCUGCCUGCCCUCAAGGAAGUGAGCCAGGGCCCAGGGCUGGUCUGAGACAGUGACCGGUGGGCCAGUCCUUGCGGACACCCUCCUUCAGGGCCUGGGCCCCCCGGAGCCUGGAGCUUUUUGUGUCUGUCUUGAGGGCUGCCUGCAGGUGCAGAGGUGACACCCCACAGAAGCCCCUCCCUCCAGCCUUGCCAAACCCACAGCCACAUCACCUGGGCCCCCCAUUCGAACUAAGAAUAAUCAAGCACAGAAAACUGUCCGAUACGAAACAAACUCCAUUUCUGCUGCAGAUGAGCCACGUGUAGGAGUCCCAGUGACAGCGUGGGCAGGUGUGGGUCACUAAAUCCUUGCUCUGCUCCUUGACCCAUGAGACACUGUAUUUAUUCAAGGGGUGCUACCGUGCCGCCGUCUCCUGAGCCCCUCCUGAUGGGAGGCGUGCAGCCAUCCUGAACAACUGGACAGGAGAGGGCUUGGUGUGGCCGGCGGCUGGCCUGGUGCUGGGGGAACCCCUGUCAGGCCCAGAAUCUUCCCCCUGGGAAGUGCCAGGCCCCCUGGGUGUGUUUGGAGGCCCACCCCACAGAGAGGCUGUAGCCUCAAGUGAGGGGGCUGAGGGGUCCCGGCACCUCCUCUGGGGACAGGCUGGGGAGGGGCUGGGUGGCAGCGGCUGCCCUGGUGGGACCUGGCCUCUUGAUGGCAAGGCCCUUCUCUGAACUCAGGUCUUUUCUUGCACUAAAAAGGAGAAAGGGCCCUGAGCGAGGGGUCAGGAUCCGGACUUGGGGUUCCGGGCUGGGUCACAGCUAAGGAGUUCUCACUGGGGUCGGGGUGGGAGCGGGAAGGAACAGCGGGGGGUGGCCUGGAGCUGUCAGGGGGCCCUGUCUCCUGCGUGUGAGCUGGUCCCCUCGGCAGGGGCCCAGUGCUGUGCCCACUUGGAGGGGCAACGCUGCUCUGGAUGCCUCCCCCCCCCACCUGCCGCAGGCCUGGGCCCCCAGCUCACCUUGCUCUCUGGCUCAUCCCUCCCCCCCGAACCCCUGGCCCUUUCUUUCUGCCCCUCCCGGCCUUUCUGAAGUCAGGCCUGGGAAGACCCUGGGGAGGCUGCAGGUCUGGCUAAGGAUGCUCGGCUUAGCUUGGGUCUGGUCCCCCGGCCUCUCCCUCAUGUCAGGAGCACAGACCCCAGGCCUCGCCUGGGGCCCCGAGCCCUCUGGUGUCCUGCUGUGCAGCAUGGACACCCUCCUCCAGCAAUAAGGACCGUCCGUGGUCGUGGAGAGUACUGUGAAAACAAACCAAUGCACUUACCAGGAGGCGCGAGACUCUUGAAGAAAAAUGUAAAAUGAACCUUUUUAAAUAAAACCACAAGGAAUAUUCACAAAGAGAAAUAAAGUGUAAUUUUAAAGUAGGCCUGGCUAGGA